AUGGGUCUCGUUAUUCUUGGUGCCAGCAAGGCAACUUGCACACAACGUAUUCUCGCUACACUGAUCGAGAAAGGUGUGACCGACUAUGACUUGAAAACGGUCGAUAUGAGUGUCGGAGAGCACAAGCAACCUGAAUAUCUUAAAAAACAGCCAUUCGGGGUCAUCCCCGUUCUAGAAGAUGGUGAUUUCUUGUUGCAUGAAUCACGAGCAAUCUGCUACUACAUUGCAUCCAAAUAUGCCGACCAAGGCGUAAAGCUUCUCCCCGACGCAAUAGACCUCAAAGGAAACGCGAAUUUCCAAAAAUGGGCCAGUGUCGAAAGAGACAACUGGGAUAAUUAUGCUUCUCCAAUGGUCUUUCAGAAGAUUUUCAAAGUGAUGCGUGGCGGUAGCCCAGACCCGAAACUUCUCGAGCACUAUGAAGCCGGUUUUUUGCCCAAGUUGGAUGUCUUUGAGGGCAUCCUUGCGAAGCAACAAUAUAUGGGCGGUGAUGAGUUCUCGCUCAUCGAUGUUUAUUAUUUGCCAUACACCCAGAAACUAUUCGACGCCGGGUAUGGUCAUUUCAUCACUGACAGGCCCCAUGUCAAGGCUUGGUGGGAGCGAAUCAGUCGACGAGAGUCAUGGCAAAAGGUCCUCGCUUUGCCUUAG